UUAUAAUUUUCCUCUUUUCAAAUUUACUCCCCCAGGCCCCAAUAUUUGGUCCGUUCUUUUUGCUAAGAACAAGGUAUAGCUCUCUUUCACUACCAACUCUCUUUCUCUUUCUUUCUCUCUCUCCUCCCAAUGUCAGAAACCCACAAAACCCAAACCCCUCUCACUUCAAAAAUGGCGACAGAUCUUCCCGAAUAUUUCAAGUGCCCCAUCUCUUUAGAAAUCAUGUCUGACCCUGUUAUUCUCUCUUCUGGUCACACCUUCGAUCGCACCUCCAUCCUCAAAUGGUUAGACUCAGGCCACCGCACUUGUCCAAUUACCAAACUACCCCUCCCAGACCCUCCAUCCCUCAUCCCUAACCACGCCCUCCGCAGCCUCAUCUCCAAUUACGCCCCCACCUCCCCUACUCGCUCCCUCUCCGACUCUCACUCACUCUCCGACUCAGACUCACUCACUCAACUCACCUCCUUAAUCUCCACCCUCACUUCUCGGGCCUCCUCCCCAGCUCAACGCCUUGACUCCCUAGCCCGACUCACCUCCCUCUCCAAGUCCAACCCGGGCUUCCGGGCCCGACUCACCGAGUCUGGCGCAGUCUCCGCCGUCCUCCGUUGCGUAGGCCCGGAUAAUGACCCGGGACUGCAGGAGAGGUCUCUGUCUCUUCUCCUUAACCUUAGCCUUGACUCGGAUGAUAAUAAGGUUGGAUUGGUGGCUGAGGGUGCGGUGGCGAAGGUCGUCACAGCGCUGGUGGGACCUGCUGCUGCUGUGGCAGCAACGGUGCUCACCAGCUUGGCGGUUGUGGAGGUAAACAAGGCGACCAUUGGAGCCCACCCGGGGGCGAUACGUUCGCUUGUUUACCUCCUCCGCACGGGGAAGGGACGAGAGAGGAAAGAGGCCGCCACAGCUCUUUUUACUCUUUGUUGCUUCCCUGAGAAUAGACGGAGAACUGUUGACUGUGGGGGAGUUGUGAUUUUGAUUAGAAUGGCGAAAUCGGGACUCGAAAGAGCGGUGGAGGUGAUGGGGUUGUUGGCUAAGUGUAAAGAAGGAAGGGAGGAGAUGGUGAAGUGUAAUGGUGUUGUUGAGAUUUUGGUUGGUUUUGUGAAAAAUGGGAGCUCAAGAGGGAUUCAGUAUGGGUUAUUGACAUUGAAUUUGCUUUGUUGUUGUAGUGAUAAGGUUAAGAAAGAGGUCAAAAAUGAAGGGGUUUUAGAGAUUUGUUUGAGGUUAAUUCAAGAUGAUAAUGAUAAGAUUCAUAGGGUUGCUUCCAAUUUGGCUAAAGUUUUGCAAGAAAUUUAAACAAUAAAUUCGAGGUGAGCUACUUUCAAUUGGAAUUCUUGGGUGAAAAAAAUUUUACCCUUUCAGAUACUUUAUAUGUUUGUUUUGUUUUGAUAGUUCUUUUUGUUGUACAAAAGAAAAAAAAAAGAAUAGAAGUUUUUUUUUUUUUUUUUUGGUCGUUGUAUCAAUUCUCAAUGUAUAUAUAUUUUAAUAAACAAAUGGAAAGAAAGAAGGCUUCUUUAAAUUGUUGCAAUCUUUUUCUUAGUUUUCUCAUAGAAAAGUUUCAAUCUUUUUGUACAUGGUUUUCUGCAGAAGUUUCUUGAAUAUGGAAACCAUUUUCAGCAUCAUCACACCACUAAUUUAAUUAAAUUUUCUAAGAAUGGAAUUCAAGCA